AACACUUCCAUUUUAAUGGAGUUAAUUGCUUAUGUAAGAAAAAUCGAGGAUAUCACGCUGACGAAUUUAGAAGAUAAACUGCAGACUAUAAUGGAUCACAUUCUUCUUCUUUCGAACUAUCACUUAUUGACGAAAGAAGAAAUAAAUAGGAAUAACACUGCCUUCCAAUGGUAUCAUAAGAUUCCCGAGAUUCUAGAGGAUAAUCGAUCGAUGGUUGAGAAUAAGAUUAAAGAAUUUCAAGACGCUCUUAAAGUUAGAUAUCAAAAAUUUAAAGAAGAAUUGGAAGCUUAUGCCGAACAGGUGGAAGACGUACAAUAUUGGGGAGACAUCGAUGAGGUGUUCCGAUAUCAAAAGAAGGCUCAGACCUUGGAGAAUAAGUUGAUCGCCGCUAUGGAAAAGAUCGACAAAUUCAACGAGGAAGAGACAUCCUUUGGUUGGGAGAUAACUCAAUAUCCGCUUCGUAAAAAAAUUGCUGAUCGAUUAGCACCUUUUAAGAGACUCUUCGAUACUACUUGCGAAUACCUUAUCAAAUACGACCAAUGGAUAAAAUCCAUGAUCGGUAGUUACGAACCAGAAAUUAUUAACGACGAAGUUGACCAAGCUUAUAGAUCGAUUUAUAAGCUGGAAAAAAGUUUUCUAGAGCCUGAAUCUAGAAAUUUAGCCGCUACGGUACUCGAAAGAAUAGAAGAUUUUAAAGAUCGUAUGCCUGUAAUCUUGACACUCGGUAAUCCUGGAUUAAAGGCCCGUCAUUGGAUUCAAAUUUCAAAUAUUAUUGAUAUUCCUAUAAAAUUUGAUGCCGAUCUAACACUUGAAAAAAUACUUGAUAUGCAUUUGGACAGAUAUAUUGAUCAGUUUGAAGACAUAUCCGAGGGUGCCACCAAGGAGAACAAUUUAGAGAGGGCUAUGGACAAGAUGGAAAAAGAAUGGUUAGAUUUGGCUUUUACUAUCAAUCCUUAUAAGGACACUGGCACGUAUGUGCUUGCAAGUGUUGACGAGAUACAAUUGUUACUCGAUGAUCAUAUCAUGAAAGCGAUUACUAUUAGAAAUUCGCCUCAAAUCAAACCUUUUGAGCCACGAAUUCUGAAAUGGUUACACAAGCUACAUUUAUUAGAAGAUAUUUUGGAUCAGUGGUUGAAGGUUCAAUCCAUCUGGAUGUAUUUAGAACCGAUCUUCUCAUCUCCCGAUAUUCAGCAGCAAAUGCCGGAGGAGGGCCGAAAAUUUUCAGCAGUUGACAAAACGUGGCGUGAUAUAAUGAAAACUGUCGAAGCCGAUCCUCGCGUAUUAACCGUCAUUGAAAUAGAUAAAAUGUUGGAAAGGUUGAAGAAAAGUUUUGCCUUCCUCGAAUUAAUUCAGAAAGGUCUUAAUGAUUAUUUAGAGAAGAAAAGAUUAUUCUUUCCCCGUUUUUUCUUCUUGUCGAAUGACGAGUUAUUAGAAAUACUUUCGGAGACCAAAGACCCUAUGAGAGUUCAGCCACAUUUGAAGAAAUGUUUCGAAGGAAUAGCCAAAUUAAAGUUUAACGAAGAACUCGAUGUACUAGCAAUGAUAUCAUCCCAAGACGAAGAGGUACUUUUAAUAAAUACGAUAUCAACUACGGCAGCAAGAGGCCAAGUCGAGAAAUGGUUGAUCGAACUGGAAAGAUUAAUGCGACAAAGCAUACGGCAAGUCGUAAAAGAUGCGCUAGAUGCUUAUUUCAUAAAGGAAAGAGUGGCAUGGGUUUUAGAUUGGCCUGGACAAACCAUUCUCUGUGUUGGACAAAUGUAUUGGACUCAACAAAUCGAAGAAGGGAUGUUACGUGGCGUUGACGGUCUACGUGAUUAUUUCAAUCAAAGUCAAACAGAAUUAAAUGACAUCAUAUCGAUAAUAAGAGGGAAGCUACCGAAGCAGAAUCGUAUUUCAUUAGAAGCUUUGGUUACAAUGGAUGUUCAUGGGAAGGACGUGCUCGAAAGUCUCUGUCAGGAGGAAGUAACGAAAAACAGUGAUUUUAGGUGGCUUUGUCAACUUCGUUAUUAUUGGCUGGACGAAAACAUGUGGGCUUAUAUGAUAAAUUCGUAUAUAGCAUAUGGUUACGAAUAUCUCGGAAACACAUCGAGAUUAGUGAUAACACCAUUGACCGAUCGAUGUUAUCGUACACUGUUUGGUGCUUUGAGCCUUCAUUUGGGUGGCGCGCCCGAGGGACCAGCAGGAACGGGAAAAACUGAAACGACAAAGGAUCUAGCAAAGGCAAUGGCCAAGCAGUGCGUUGUCUUCAAUUGUUCGGAGGGUCUCGAUUAUUUAGCACUUGGUAAAUUCUUCAAAGGUAUUGCUUCUUGCGGUGCUUGGUCUUGCUUCGACGAGUUCAAUCGCAUCGAUCUCGAAGUACUUUCGGUCGUUGCGCAACAAAUCUUAACGAUACAACGUGCUGUCAAUGCCGGGGCCGAAAAGAUUAUUUUCGAGGGAACGGAGAUCUUUAUAGAUCCUACCUGUGCUAUCUUCAUCACGAUGAAUCCUGGUUACGCUGGAAGAUCGGAAUUACCGGAUAACUUGAAAGCUCUCUUCCGACCGGUUGCCAUGAUGGUACCCGAUUACGCGCUCAUAGCCGAGAAUACUCUUUAUUCUUAUGGUUUCUAUAAUGGAAGACCUCUCGCGGUUAAGAUCGUUACAGCUUAUAAGCUUUGUUCCGAGCAACUUAGUAGUCAACAUCAUUACGAUUACGGUAUGAGAGCCGUUAAGUCAGUUCUAAUUGCUGCUGGAAAUUUAAAAUUGCGAUAUCCCGAGGAAUCAGAAGAUAUAUUAAUAUUGAGGAGUAUCUUGGACGUUAAUCUGCCAAAGUUCCUCGUUCACGAUCUUCCACUUUUCGAAGGAAUAGCUUCGGAUCUAUUCCCUGGCAUUGUGCUACCUAGUCCAGAUUACACGCAUAUCAACCAGUGUACUAGAGACGCCUGUCAGGCAGCAAAUAUUCAAUGUACGGAUUUAUUUCUCGGAAAAAUACAACAGAUCUACGAGAUGAUGAUCGUUCGACAUGGGUUCAUGGUCGUUGGUUUACCCUUUGGUGGAAAGACUACCGCUUACAGGAUGUUGGCCGAUUGCCUGGGUUUGCUCGAGGAUCGUGGACUGAUGGAUGAGCAUCGAGUGGAGAUUACCGUCAUCAAUCCUAAGGCUAUCACGAUGGGUCAACUCUAUGGUCAGUUUGACCCUGCCUCUCACGAGUGGAGCGAUGGAGUGCUCGCUGUUAGUUAUAGGGCAUUUGCGGUUUCUACUAACGAGAACAGAAAGUGGUUGGUAUUUGACGGACCCGUAGACGCGUUGUGGAUCGAAAAUAUGAAUACCGUACUGGACGAUAACAAAAAGCUCUGUCUCACUUCGGGAGAAAUUAUCCAGUUGGCGCCCACGACGAAUUUGAUUUUUGAACCCAUGGAUUUGGAGGUCGCCUCUCCGGCCACUGUAUCGAGAUGUGGUAUGAUAUAUAUGGAACCGAUAAGUCUUGGCUGGAGACCGCUAUUAACUUCUUGGCUAAACACGCUUCCUUCUUCGAUCAAUGAACACGUCAAAAAUCACCUGGAGCAAAUGUAUAUGAGAUUCUGUCCACCUCUUUUACAUUUAAUACGUCGUUGCGGAGCUAAGGAAAUGAUCAUUAUGCCAGACGCUAAUCUCACGAGAUCGAUUAUGCAUUUUUUUGAUUGUUUCAUGGACGAUUUUUACGAUGAAAAUUAUAUUCGUACGUUAUCGGAUUUGGAUGUUAGAGCUCAGGUGGAGGGUUGCUUCUUAUUUUCUUGUAUCUGGGCGAUGGGCGGAACGCUGAUGGUAAAUUAUCGAGAAUGGUUCAAUAUACUCUUUAGAGCGCUUUUAGCUACCGAAUUUGCAAUUGACGUCAGAGAACGAUUUUCUAUAACCGAUGAAAUUCCUGAUUUAAAAAAGCCCUAUGUCUCUGCUAUGCCAAUAAUCGGAUUGGUUUACGAUUAUAAAUUUGUAAAAGAAGGUAAAGGAAAGUGGAAACCUUGGCUGGAUGAUUUGCAAGAUGUUCCACCAAUACCACAAGAUAUACCAGUGAAUCAAAUAAUUGUCUCGACUGUCGAGACAAUACGAUAUUUUCAUAUUUUCCGAUAUUUAAUAUGUCACCAUAAACCUGUGCUUCUGGUUGGCCCGACUGGUACAGGAAAGUCGGUGUACAUUAUGGAUUUUCUUCUGAAGAGAAAUAAUUCUGAGAUAUUCAAGCCGCUCUUUGCAAUAUUCUCGGCACAAACGACGGCCAAUCAGACGCAAGAUAUUAUUAUGAGUAAAUUAGAUAGAAGGAAGAAAGGCGUAUACGGGGCCACACCCGGUUCUUACUGCGUCGUUUUCGUCGAUGACAUUUCUAUGCCGCAAAAGGAAGAAUAUGGUGCUCAGCCACCCAUCGAAUUGCUUCGACAAUUAUUGGAUCAUUCGACCUGGUAUGAUCUGCAGGAAGUUGUACCGAUCAAGCUGAUGGAUAUUCAAUUAAUUUGCGCUAUGGGACCACCGGCGACCGGUCUCGAUGUUACGCCGAGAUUCAAGAGGCACUUUGUUACAUUAGGCAUAUCCGAGUUCGAUGACGAGGUCAUGGUAAUGAUCUUCAGUAAAAUAAUGUCUUGGCAUUUGAAAGGCCAAGAUUUUUCAUCUCUUUUCGAUCCUUGCGUCGAUUAUAUCGUUAAUGCUACAUUGAAUAUUUACAAAAAAACUAGACAAUAUCUUCUACCUAUACCUGCCAAAUCUCAUUACUUGUUCAAUUUGCGUGAUUUUUCAAGAGUCAUUCAAGGCAUCUUGCUUUCCACUCCCGAGUCGAUUUCUACCCUCGCUGGAAUGAAACGUUUGUGGGUUCACGAAGUCCUUCGCGUUUACGGAGAUCGUCUUGUGGACGACAUGGACAUUCGAUGGUUAGUCGAAGAAAUAAAGAAAACAGUGAGAGAUUAUAUGGACGAUAAAAUGGAACACCUUUUCAAUGAUCUGCUUGAAGGAUCUGAAACCGAAAUAACGGAAUUGCAACUACGGAAUUUAGUUUAUUGCGAUUUUCAAGAUCCAAUGGCUGAUAAAAAAUUAUACGUAGAGGUGGAUGACUGGGAUAAACUUGCUUUUGUAGUAGAUGAUUAUCUAACAGAAUAUAACGAGUUAUCAAGGACACCCAUGAAUCUGGUUCUCUUUAGGUUCGAAAUCUUUCUACAUUACGAACGUCACGUAUUAUCUCUACGUAUGACGAUUUUCUUUCUUUUCAGAUUUGCGAUAGAACAUCUUUCAAAGAUUUGCCGAGUAAUGAUGCAGCCCCGAAGUCAUGCAAUGCUCAUUGGCGUCGGUGGUUCCGGUCGGCAAUCGUUAACGAGGCUAGCCGUUCACAUUUCGGAUUAUGACCUUUUUCAAGUAGAAAUGUCUCAACAGUAUGGCCUUCACGAAUGGCACGAGGACUUGAAGACUAUUUUGAAGAGAAGUGCUGCGAGCGAUCUGCAUACCGCAUUUCUCUUUAUGGACACUCAGAUUAAAGAGGAAAUUUUCUUGGAGGAUGUGAGCAACUUGUUAAAUUCCGGUGAAGUUCCGAAUCUUUUUGCUCUCGACGAGAAAUCGGAGAUAUGUGAGAAUAUGCGACAAAUCGAUAGGCAGAGAGACAAAUCGGUACAAACCGAUGGCAGUCCCGUAGCUCUCUUCAACUUUUUUGUACAGACAGUUCGUGAACAUUUGCACGUGGUUGUAACGAUGUCACCGAUCGGUGACAACUUCCGUAUAAGAAUUCGUAAAUUUCCUGCUUUAGUCAACUGUUGUACGAUCGAUUGGUUUCAACCUUGGCCGGAGGAUGCACUUCUUGCGGUGGCUACCAAAUUUUUAAGGGAUAUAGAAAUGCCGGUCGAAGAACGCGACGCUUGCAUCGAAAUGUGUCAAUUCUUUCAUACGUCGACGCAGGAACUCUCGAAGGAAUUUUUAAGGAAGGCCAGGAGAUAUAAUUACGUCACGCCCACCUCGUACCUCGAAUUAAUUAACACGUUCAAAGAUCUUCUAGGGAAGAAAAGGAGAGAAAUUUUCGAAAGUAAAAGAAGAUACGAAGCGGGCCUUGGAAAAUUAGACAGUACACAUAAGCAGGUAGAGAAGAUGCAAGAGAUACUGGUAGCUUUGCAGCCGAAAUUAAUAGUUGCUGCGAAAGAUGUCGAAGCGAUGUUUCGCGACGUGCAAAAUGAGAGCGAAGAAGUUAGCGCGAUGGAACAAAUCGUCAAAGUAGACGAACAAGCUGCUUUGGUGGUUGCUGGAGAAGCAGAUGCGAUACGUGCGGAAUGCGAUGCCGAUUUGCAAGAAGUUAUGCCGAUAUUAAAUGCAGCGAAUGCCGCUCUGAACACCCUCACUUCUCAGGAUAUUCAGAUCGUUAAAUCUAUGAAACGUCCUCCGGCCGGUGUAAGGCUAGUCAUGGAGGCCGUUUGCAUAUUAAAGGACAUCAAGCCAGAUAGAGUUCAUACGCCAGAAGGAAUCGUAGAAGAUUAUUGGAAGGCCUCUCUUCGAAUUUUAGGGGAUAUGAAAUUUCUAGAAUCGCUUUUACUUUAUGACAAAGACAAUGUCCCAGAGAAAAUAAUGACAAAGAUACGUACGACUAUUUUGACAAAUCCGGAUUUCGAUCCUGAAAGGGUUAGACACGUUUCUACGGCUUGCGAGGGUCUCUGUAGAUGGGUUAUCGCGUUGUCCGAAUACGACAAGGUCGCUAAAGUCGUCGCGCCUAAAAAGGAAGCGUUGGCUCAAGCGGAAGGUGACUAUGCGGUUGCUAUGAAACAAUUGAACAUUAAGAGGAGUCAAUUGCAAGAGGUGCAAGAAAGACUGACCAAUCUGGAAAAGCUUUUGGCUCAAAGAGAGGCCGAAUACAAAGCCAUGACCGAUGAAGUUCUCGACUGCGAAGAAAAACUCAGAAGAGCAAAAGAAUUGAUCGGUGGUUUAGGAGGAGAAUAUACAAGAUGGUCUGACACUGCUAAGGCCUUGGGAGAACGUUACUAUUCAUUAACCGGUGACAUUCUUAUUGGAUCCGGUAUUGUAGCCUACUUGGGUGUUUUUACGACGCAAUACCGACAGAAACAAAUUGAAAACUGGGUACAAAUUUGUAUAGAUCUUCAUGUGAUUUGCACGGAAGACUAUCAAUUGACUCAAGUCCUUGGCGAUCCUGUCCUGAUCAGAUCAUGGAAUAUUUUUGGUCUUCCAAGUGAUCUCUUUUCGAUCGAUAAUGCAAUAAUCGUAACGAACGCUCGACGAUGGCCUCUCAUGAUCGAUCCUCAGAGUCAAGCGAACAAGUGGGUGAAGAAUAUGGAGAAGGCAUCUAAUAUUAAUGUUAUUAAAUUGGAUCAAUCGGAUUAUAUGAGAGUUCUUGAGAAUGCCAUACAGUUCGGUCAACCUGUGUUACUGGAGAACAUUGGCGAAGAAUUGGAUGCCGCUCUGGAACCCCUUUUAUUGAAGCAGACUUUUAAAUCUGGCGGUGAGAUUUGCAUUAAACUCGGGGACUCCAUUAUCGAGUAUUCCGAUAAAUUCCGAUUUUACAUCACCACGAAAUUACGCAACCCACAUUAUCUGCCUGAAGUAAUAGUAAAAGUUACUUUAUUGAAUUUUAUGAUUACUCCAAUUGGACUGGAAGAUCAACUAUUGGGUAUUGUCGUUGCAAAAGAGAGGCCAGAUUUGGAGUCAGAAAAGAAUCAAUUGAUUAUUCAGGGUGCAGCCAAUAAAAAAAUGCUAAAGGAAAUAGAAGACAAGAUAUUGGAAGUAUUAUCCGCGUCCGAGGAGAAUAUUCUCGAAGAUGAAACAGCGAUUCAUAUUCUCAGUUCUUCGAAAAUUCUUGCCGACGAGAUUCAAGCUAAACAAGCGGUUGCCGAAGUCACCGAAAAGUCCAUCGACGAAGCAAGAUUGCAAUACACGUCCAUUGCCGUUUAUAGUACAGUUCUCUUUUUUACAAUUGCGGUCUUGGCAAAUAUCGAUCCGAUGUAUCAAUAUUCUUUGGUUUGGUUCGUCAAUCUCUUUAAGCAUACUAUCGAAAAUACUCCAGUAGUUGAAGAUAUACAGCAACGAUUGCAAGACCUCACCAAAUUUUUCACUCGUUCACUCUAUGUGAACAUAUGUCGGUCGUUGUUUGAGAAAGAUAAGCUUCUCUUCUCUCUACUUUUGGUGGUAAAUCUAUUGAACAAGAAAGGAGAGAUAUCGAUGGCACAAUGGACGUUUUUGCUAACAGGCGGUGUUGGUCUUGAAAACCCUUUCGAAAAUCCUACCAAAUGGCUUCCAACAAAGUCCUGGGAUGAAUUGUGUCGUCUGAGCGAAGUUACGGGUUUUCUGAAAAUCAAAGAUGUUUUCGUCGAGAACAUCGACGCUUGGAAGUCCAUAUUUGAUGAUAAAGAACCUGAAAAAUUAAUUUUUCCUAUACCUUACGAUAAACUCUCCAUGUUCGAAAGAAUGCUGGUGUUACGGUGUAUACGACCUGACAAAGUUGUGCCUGCUGUACAAAAUUUCGUGGAAGAAAAAUUAGGACGAGAAUUUAUCGAGCCGCCACCAUUCGAUUUGAUAGCUGCUUACGCGGAUUCACAUUCUUGUAUACCCCUUAUAUUCGUCCUUACACCUGGUGCCGAUCCUAUGGCCAUUUUAUUGAAAUUCGCGGAUGAUCAGGGCUUUGGAACUAAUAGGCUUUUUUCCUUAUCCCUCGGCCAAGGACAAGGUGUUAUCGCUACAGAGCUCAUCGACGAGGGUACGAAAAAUGGUACUUGGGUUGUUCUACAAAAUUGUCACCUUGCUAAAAGUUUCAUGCCACUUCUGGAAAAGAUUUGCGAUAAUUUCACUAUCGAAACUGUCCAUCCGGAUUUUCGAUUAUGGCUGACUAGUUAUCCAGUCGAUCACUUUCCGGUUAGCAUACUUCAAGAUGGAGUUAAGAUGACCAAUGAACCUCCUAAAGGAUUGCGUGCUAAUAUCACUAGGUCUUAUUUACAAGAUCCCAUAUCCGAAGAAGAAUUUUUCGAAUCGUCGAAGCAAAUCGAAAAUUUUAAGAAACUUUUAUUUUGCUUAUGCUUCUUCCAUGCGAUUAUACAGGAACGAAGAAAAUUCGGUCCGAUCGGUUGGAACAAUCAAUAUGAAUUUAAUGAGACCGAUCUCAGAAUUAGUGCCCUGCAAUUGAAAAUUUUUUUGGAUCAAUACGAAGACGUUCAGUUCACUGCACUGAAAUAUUUGACAGGCGAAUGUAAUUACGGUGGACGUGUAACCGACGAAUGGGAUAGGAGAACGUUAACAACAAUUUUACAGAGAUAUUAUUGCGAGGAAUCGGUAACGAUAGAAAAUUAUUCCUUUGAUGAAACUGGUAUUUAUUAUGUGCCGCAAGUUGACAAGCACGAAGAAUUUCUGGAAUACAUUAAAUCGCUUCCUAUGACAACCGCCCCUAGUAUUUUCGGUAUGAACGAGAAUGCGGACAUUAUUAAGGAUCAGCAGGAAACAUAUUUGAUGUUUACAUCGCUCCUAACUACACAGGUAUAAUGCAUAAUAAAGAAAUCGAACGUAAAAGAUACAGCAGAAACUGAAGUAGAUACAGAAAAAUUGCCAGACGAUAUUGUUUUCGCUGUCGCCAACGACAUUUUGACAAAGCUACCUAACGAUUUUAAUCUCACGGAUGCACUGGAAAAAUAUCCUACAUUGUAUGAAGAAAGCAUGAAUACGGUAUUGGUUCAAGAAAUGGGAAGAUUCAACAAGCUAUUGCAAACGAUUAGGAGCAGUGUCGUGAACGUUCAGAAAGCGAUUAAAGGUCUUCUGAUCAUGAACCCGGAUCUUGAAGAGGUAUAUACGUCGAUAAUGAUAGGAAAGAUACCGGAAAUAUGGAUGAGAAACUCUUAUCCCUCAUUGAAACCACUUGGCAGUUAUAUUCUCGAUUUCUUAAAAAGAUUGAAUUUCCUUCAGACUUGGUACGAGGAAGGUGCCCCUAUAACAUUCUGGAUCUCUGGAUUUUAUUUCACCCAAGCUUUUCUUACCGGUGCUCGACAAAAUUAUUCGAGAAAAUACAAGAUUCCUAUAGAUUUGUUAAUAUACGAUUUCGAACCAUUAAAAGAAACGAUAUUCGAUGUACCUCCUGACGAUGGGGUUUAUGUUUAUGGAUUAUUUCUCGACGGGGCUCGUUUCAAUAUGACGACUAUGAAAUUAGACGAAUCCUUGCCAAAAAUUUUAUACGAAAAUGUACCUUACAUAUGGUUCAUCCCGAAGACGAAGGAUGAAGUAUCGGAGAGAAAUACUUACAUCUGUCCAGUUUACAAGACAGCAGAAAGGAGGGGUGUACUUUCGACGACUGGACAUUCGACGAACUUUGUAAUCGCCGUAUGGCUCCCGACGGAACUUUCAUCAGAGCAUUGGAUUCUCAGAGGCGUUGCCAUGCUAUGCCAAUUAUCGCAUUAAUGGAAAUGGA